GUUCUCUACAUUUCUGCGUACUUUACCACAGAGCCGCCGUGCUCGCUAUAUACCUCGUGUUAAUAUCCCGCAAUAAUGUCUGACUGGGACGCCUCAGACAACGAAUCUGCUCCUGCCGCGCCCGCGCGCCCUCCUGUUCCCAAGAAGGUGCCGGUGAAGAGCAAGUGGGAAGGUGAAGAUGAGGAGGAGUCCGAGCCUGCGAGCGACUGGGAGGAGUCCUCUUCAGAGGAGGAGGAGAAGAAGCCGCCUGCGUCCACCACCACUGCCCCGCCCAAGAAGAAGGGCACGCUAAAGCAAAAGCUCGCGGAGAAGGAGGCGGCCAAGAAGGCCAAGGGCGACGAUGAUAUCUACGACGAAGACGAGGUGCUUGACCCGCGGGAGAAGGCGCGGAGAGACAAGGAGCGAGAGCUGAACGCCGACCUCGCGAACGCCGCCGACCUCCUCGGUGCCGCCGCUCUCGGAGGCACGUCAAGCAAAGAACUCGACGCGCUCCUGACUUUCAACCCCAGAACAAAAGAAGACUUCCUGGACUUCUCGCACCGUGUCUUCGAGCUGCUCAUCAAGCGCCUGCAGGAUCGCCCGCUGUACUCUUCCUUUGUCGAGCACCAUGUGCGCGAGAUCGCGGGGCCGCUCAAGGACGUCGAGGUGCGCAAGGCCGCGAGCGCGCUGACGACGCUCGCGAACGAGAAACAGAAGGAGCAGCGCGAUAAGGCGAGCGGGAAGAAGAAGAAGGCCGCGGCCAAGCCCACGCUGGGCUCAGCGAAAGUGGUGUCCAAGCUCGAUACGAGCGCAUAUGACGAGGGUAUGGACGACUUUGGGGCGGAUGAUUUUAUGUGAUGUAUCUCUCAAUGCACUCUUCUCUGGACUGUAUCCAUACCGCUCGCCUUGGGUCAUCUGUAGUCCUAGACGCCAAAACUCAUCUUGCUACUUCUUGCUUGCG